AUGGCAUCACAACAUCCAUCGGCAACGCCGAGGCGAUUGCCGGACUCUUCGCAAGCGGAAGUGACAAUCGGCCAGUUUAAACGACUCGAAGAAAUCGGACGGGGUAGCUUUGCUACUGUCUAUAAGGGGCUACAUGUGAAGAAAGGAGCCCUUGUUGCCAUCAAGUCGGUCCACCUCCAAAAGCUCAACAAGAAGCUCAAGGACAACCUCUAUUCCGAAAUACACAUCUUGAAGGGCUUGCAUCAUCCACACAUUGUCGCCCUUAUCGAUUGCCAAGAAUCAUCGGCUCACAUUCAUCUCGUCAUGGAGUUUUGCCAGCUCGGAGAUUUGUCCUAUUUUAUCAAGAAACGAGAUAAGCUUUCAGGGCAUGCUGCAACCGCGGAGAUGAUCAAGAAAUAUCCUAACCCCCCCGGUGGUGGCUUGAACGAGGUGGUGGUCCGGCAUUUUCUCAAGCAGCUCGCGAGCGCGCUGGAGUUCCUGCGGGCGCGAAACUUUAUUCAUCGCGAUGUCAAGCCACAGAACCUUCUUCUAAAUCCAUCGCCGUUGUGGUUUGCCCGAGCCCAGCCAGAGGUAAUGCCUCUAGCUGCAAGCGAAAACUCCUUGGUCCCAAUCGUGGGCGUGGAGUCGCUCCCGAUGUUGAAGAUUGCAGACUUUGGCUUCGCACGGUCUCUUCCUUCCACCUCUCUCGCCGAGACUCUUUGUGGGUCUCCGCUGUAUAUGGCACCGGAGAUUCUACGCUAUGAAAAGUAUGAUGCAAAGGCAGACUUGUGGUCCGUUGGUACCGUGCUCUAUGAGAUGGUGGUUGGGAAGCCGCCUUUUAGAGCAUCAAAUCACGUGGAGCUUCUUCGCAAGAUCGAGAGGGGUGAAGACCGGAUCAAGUUUCCAGAAGAUACUCUUUUGAGUGAUGGUAUGAAGAGAUUGAUCCGGUCGCUUUUGAAACGAAACCCCGUCGAGCGAUUGGGCUUCAAAGACUUUUUUGAUAAUGCAGUCGUCAGAGACGAUAUUCCAGGUCUGGUUGGGGAAGACCGGCCUCGACUCUUGCCGAAGCGGCCCUCUGAAGGAGAGCCGGGACAAGUUUCGGAAGCACACUUGCAGAGUAAAACAAGUGCUUCUCGAGAACAACGACCACUACUACAGCCUGGGCUGCCACAGGAGCAGCCUGAAGCUCCCAUUUCAUCAUCGCCAGGAAAUCGGGCGCUUCAAAUACGACAACAGGCAUCCCGUACAAGCUCGCAGCCCAUGAUAACCCGGCGUCUUUCGGGCACACCUCCUCGUACUGGAAAUGCAAUGCGUCCUGGUGAGCUGCUGCAAGGAGCACAACCGGACCGGACGGCUCGGGGUUCCCUGGGCGAAGCACAGCGACCGCACCUCACUUCUCAUGCUACUGCUCCUGCUCGACAAGACUUGUAUCCGGAUCGUGUCAACCCCGGCGCCGCUGAGGUGAUGCAGCGAAAACCAAGUCGGGCUAGCGCGUCUCCCAGCGCAUCACUAUUGAAUGAACAACUCCAGGAUCGCGAACGUAAACGUCGUGAUGAUCAGGCUCUGCGAGAGGAACGGGAGCGAGCCGCUCAGGAUGUUGCAUUUGAGAGAGAUUAUGUCGUUGUGGAGAAGCGUGCCGUUGAAGUCAAUGCUUUCGCAGACGAGCUGGCCGCGAGUCCGCAGUUGCGAGGCAAUAUGCGCGACCGUCAAUCAUCCUCCCCAAAUGGACCAAUUGUGCGCCGAGCAACAGUUCAGGGAGCUCCAAGCUCAGCUCCCAGUGUACAACCAAGCCAGUCUAGAGCAAUGCAGAUUGCCUCUGGCAAACCCCGUCCGGAUCCGACGCACCAUCGAAAAAGCUCCUACGAUAGAAGAUACGGCUCGAGCCCCUCUUCUGCAACAUCUGCGAUUUCCAAAGCGCUCAACAUGGCUAAUUUCCGGCUUUUUGGGAUGGGAUUCUCCCCUCCCGUCGGCAAGGGGCCAUCUCCGCCGCAAGUGUAUGGCGCGUUUCCUGCAUAUCCAACCGGCCAAAGCAGCCUAAUCAUGGUUGGUGAAAGCCCGAGACCUUCAGAUGAAGAUUCAAAAGCAAUCCAUGUUGUCGAAGAAUCAGCUACGCGUAGCGAUGUGGUAUAUGGUUUUGCAGAAGUGAAAUACAAACAGCUUAUACCAUUGGCCCCUUCGGCUGAACACGGCCUAGGCCUACGUCAGGCCGGCCUUUCUGAACGAGACGGAGCUGUUGCAUAUGCAGGCGAAGACGAAGGUCUGACCGUUGAUGCCAUUGUGACCCUUUCUGAAGAGGCUCUUGUGCUCUAUGUAAAGGCGCUCUCUCUCCUCGCGAAUUGCAUGGACAUUGCAGGGACUUGGUGGUCUCGCAAAAAUCGAGGAGAGGUAAUCUUUGAUCAGACCACUGGAAGAGCCGAGGGUACCUCUGCCACUAGUUUGGCUGCAGGAGCCCGCAUCAACAACGUGGUGCAGUGGGUUCGGAACCGCUUUAAUGAAGUUCUUGAGAAGGCCGAGUUUGUGCGGCUCAAGCUUGUUGAAGCGCAGAGACGGCUACCGCUUGAUCACCCCAGCCAUCCUAACAACCAUCCAUCUGCUUCUACUUCGACGACCGGGAUGGGCACCUCGGCCGACAAUGUGGUUGUCAGCUCAGGUGUCACUGCUGAGAAGUUGAUGUAUGAUAGAGCACUAGAGAUGAGCCGGGCGGCCGCCGUCAACGAACUCGUAAGCGAAGAUCUUCCCGGCUGCGAAAUUGCCUAUGUCACUGCCAUCAGGAUGCUGGAAGCCAUUAUCGAGAGCGACAUGGAUCCUCUUUCGAAAAAGGGCAGCAGCACCGAUAGAGAUAAGAGAGAUUCACGAGCAGACGCUGGAACCGCCCACGGUAUGGAGGCCGAGGACCGGCAGGUUGUGGAAAAGCCUAACUCAAAUUAUCCAGUUGUCAUCAGCAUUCGCGGCCGCUUGGGGGCCUUGAGAAAGAAAAUGGCCGUUUUAUCCAAACGAAACUCUAUUGCUCAAGCACCACCGAUCAAGUCACGAGGGAGCACAACUCCAACACCUGUAAUUGCCACGACUCCUCCAAAGUAG